AUGAAAAAACAAGCCUCUCCAUCAUCAACACAAGAAGACAACACUUAUCAAGUCACCUGGGAGGAUCAAAAGAAGAUUAAUACAUUCAGUAGAAUCAUCAUACGAUUCAAUGAAUUGGAAAAGGAGAUUUCCGAUUUAAAAGAAGAAAUGAACAAAUUGAAUGAUGCUUCUGAUGAAAUUUUCAUUUCUGAUAAUAUUAGUUAUGUGGUGGGAGAAUUGUUUGUAGAAGUAACGAGUGAUCAGGCCGAAAAACUGUUAGAAGCUCGGAAAGAACAAGUAAAAAGAGAUUUGAAAGAGAAACAAAGAGAACAUAAAGAAAUUGAAACCAAGAUGAAGGAAUUGAAAGCCAAUCUCUAUGCAAAGUUUGGUUCAAACAUUAAUUUAGAAGAAAAAGACAAGUAA